CACACACGCUCACAGAGGGGGCUCUGCUGCUAUUUUGGCUCGGCGCUCUCAGACGGCGGUCAGUCAUGGCCGGCUGCAGGAGUUACUUACGAGGGCUCUCCAUCUGUGUCACUGUGCUGCUGCUGGUGUCUGGUGUGGUGAUGAUCGGUGUCGGAUUCGCCUCCAUUGAGGGAAACACACCUGUAGCUGAGUUGUUUGACCAGUUGUCCAGCAGUGAUGGUGUACUGGAACUGCAGGUCUUCGGUCCAGUCACUGUGAUUCUAUCUGUUCUGGGCAUUUGUGCGGCAGUGUUGGACUUCAAACCUCUGCUUUUAGUGUUUUCUGCUCUCAUAUUUGUGGAGUUUGUAGCCAUGGUGAUCGCUGCCUCACCACUGGUCUAUGCCCAAACUGAGAUGGACAGUACAGUAGAGGACUUGUUUCUGAAUGUAACUCCUCUGCACAAAUUAGAUCCUUACAUCCAAGGAGAACUCGGCAAACUGCAAGCAUCGGACUCCUGCUGUGGUUUGAGGAAAUAUGAAGACUGGGGGAAUCAAAUCCCAACCUCCUGUUUGUGUAAAACUCCUGACAAACAUCCGAGCUCUCUGCGGGCUAACUCCAGCUCAGAAGGAUCCUGUAUGAUGGUGGACCAGAAUCCUCUGACUGCACCAGAGAAGGAAACACUCUGGGUUCACUCAGAUCCCUGUGGGCCAAUCCUGAAGCGCUACAUGAACUUUCCCAUCAGACUCAGGAUAGGAGUCAUUUCAGCGUUUUCAACCAUCGCUGUGACGGCAUUUGCUCUGAGUCUGGCUUUGGGCCUGGAGAAAUACUGGAGGACGCCUCCAGUAGUGAGAACUGUGGAUGACUAUAACAGAGUGAAAUACCAACCUAAACCCUACCAAACAUGACCUCUGACCUCUGACCCACAACCAUCACUUCUUAUCAUACUGCUGGUAAUGAAUGCAAGAGUGUAAAGAAGCUGUGCUUUCCAUGUUGUAGGGAGUUAUAUUUAAAAGUAGAUAUUUAUUUUUGAUAGGACCACUGAGCUUCAUAUGUGAGUGAAUGCUUUUUUAAAUUUAGUUUAACGGGUAAUUUAAGUGUCAUUUUUUCACCGUGAGCUCGGGCAGACAUCAGCUUUGUUUCCACACUGUAGUGUCACUGCAGUCACCAGAAAUGUCACAUUACAGCUACGAAUCGUUGAUCAUCUUCCAGAUAUGUGCAGCCAGCUCAAAGUAAAGCCGCCUCAGACCUGCUCUUCCUGUAAAGGUUCUUUAUCAAACAUUUGUUAUGAACUGUUGCUAUGCAUAAAAGGAGUGCUUUCUUAACUUUUAGGUUUAUGAUGUGUGGAAGUUUUUGAACUCCUGCAGAAACAUGCCCAAAUCUGGUGUUAAAUCAUAUAAAUCAAAUGUUAAGGGACGGUUCAAAAUCCAGUAAGAAUAAUUUAUUUAUAUUUUAUUUGUGAUUCAGAGCAGAUCUGCUGUAAAAGAUGAACAUAAAAAGGAAUAAUCCUGCUUUGUUAAUUUUAUUCUGUAAAUAGCACAGAGCAAUAAAGUUUAUUUUGAGUGAUGCUUA